GACCGGGUGAAAGGUCAGGAGCCAAAGGAAGUGGGUGUGCAGUCGUUUGUCUGCUGUGCGUGGCCGGGGUCAGCAUGAGUCUGCAGUGGACGGCGGUGGCUGGUUUCCUGUACGCAGAGGUGUUUGCCCUGCUGCUGAUGUGCAUCCCGUUCAUUUCGGCAAAGCGAUGGCAAAGACUCUUCCGAUCCAGCCUCUUCACCCUGGCGGUGUCGUACGGAAACAAGUUCUUCUUCUUCCUGAUCGCCUUGUUGAUCUUCCUGCUGUUCGAUGCCGUCCGUGAGGUUCAGAAAUACAAUGUUCCAGACAAGGUGGACCUCAAGCACCUGCCCACGGCGGAGGACCACAUCCACAUGAAGCUGUUCCGUGCACAGAGGAACCUCUACAUCGCUGGCUUUUCCCUCCUCCUGUGGUUCGUCCUGAGGCGUCUGGUCACCCUGCUCUCCCAGCAGGCCACGCUCCUGGCCACCAACGAGGCCUUCAAGAAGCAGGCGGAGAGCGCCACCGACGCGGCCAAGAAGUACAUGGAAGAGAACGAUGAGCUGCAGAAGGCCCUGAAGGAGGCCGGGGUGGAGCCGGUGAGCCGAGACGCCAGUAAGCUGGAGGAAGAGAACCGGAGCCUCCAGGCCAAGCUGAGCCAACUGAAGGAGGAGGCAGCAACAGCCCAGAGAGCCCUGCAGCGCUCGGAGAGCGAGCUGACGGCGAUGAAGCGGCAAGCAGAGGGCCUGACCAAGGAGUACGAUCGGCUGCUGGAGGAGCAUUCCCGGCUCCAGUCGGAGGUGGACAGACCGACCCACAAGAAGGAGGAGUAGACGUGUCUGGUGCUGAGGACCGGUCCCCCGGCCUGAUGCUGAGCUCUUCUGUCCCGGGAACCCCUAUCCCUCCCCUCACCCUCAGCAGGAUCCCCUGCCCCGCUCACUCCACGUCGCACUGGCCACUGGGAUCCGGCCCCUCUUCCCACCUCCCACCUGCAGCCCCUCAGGUGCCUGCGUGCUGUGGGUGGUGGGUCCCGUCGGCCGGCCUGAGGCGGUGGGGAUCAUUCACUGAGCCCCGGGACCCCUGUCCCUUCCGGCCUCCCACAGCACCUCCCCUCUGACCACUCUCUCCACCCCUCACCCCCACCCCCAUUCUCUGCACAUCCUUGUCCCACUCACUCUCUCCUUCAUGUGGAGUUGUGCGGUGGUUGAGGGAACUCCAGUCGGGGCGUGUAUGCGACACAAGGAUCAACGACUGGGCUUGUAAAUGUAUGCUGUGUGAUAUAGCUUGCCGCUCACUGGGUGUGAGGCCAGUGUUUACCAGAUGCCCACCUUGUCUCUGGGCUGAAGGUCUCAGUUCUUUUGUAAUCUCACGGAAAAAGUGUUUACACAUCCGCUGUUAUGGGAAUAAUAAAUGGUUUUGGACUGUAA